AUGGCAGGCCAGCAGCAGCAGAUCAUCGACACCAUCUUUGGCAUGAAGAGGAAGCUGUUGCGCAGAGACGACUCGGACACAGAAGACGCAGCAGACUCGCCAUUUAGACAAGAUUUGAAGCGCAAGACACGGUACGCGCGCGCCAGCGACCCAGACUUUCUGUCUGACCCUCGUCCGUACAAGAAGCGCGUCGAGCACGCCGGCUACCACAGAUCCAUCCUGCAGCGCAACCCCACGCGAUUCGAUCCCGACGGCGACAUUGUCGAACACGAAGACGAAUACGAGGACGAGGAUGAUCUGGAAGCGGUCGAAGAGAAUCCAUACGGGGACAUACACUUAGAGAAUCUCCUUGCGCCGCUAACUUCCGCCGCUGAUUUGGCGACUCACCCGUCUAUGAGCGUCGUUUACACAUCCAAACACCUCACCAACCUGGCAAACGAAGCGGGCACACUCUCGAGGAAGGAACAGGUCACGAUAUCGCGCGCAAAAGGCCUGCUCACCAAGCUACAAGGCGACUCUACAUUUGCGCCUGCUGCUUUGGCAGCUAUGAACAAUGCGCCGUUUCAGGAACCCUGGGCCAACGGCACAAACUCGGAAUCCCAACAGGCUUCGUACAACGGGAUCCAGAACACGACUGGCAGCGACACAGACGUGAAUAUGGAAGAUGCAGGGCAGUCCAAUGGGGCUCCUCAGGACAACGGCACAAACGGUAGAGGACCUGUAACGAACGGUACAUCUCACAACGUAGACACAGAGCAAGCGCACGAGAACGGCGACUCCCCUGCUGGCGACGAUGCUUCUGAUGCCACAUCGCGAACCGCGCACCGCAUGACGACACGCGCUCGCGCACACGCAACCUCGACACCAUCACCUCCCCUCUCACCCUCGAGCGAUGUGAAUCUAGUACAUCCGCUUUUUACGUUCUCAAUCGAUUCACUACCCGACUGCGAUUUUGGCCUACCAGCUAAUGAGGCCGAGGACGCGCGCAUCGCGCUCAUGGCCUAUGUACAGAAGCAGGAGGAGGUUGCGAGAAUAACAUCUGACCUCUAUCAAGGAAUGCUACAAGCCGACCGUAUGAGGCAGGACGUUUUCAAGUGGGCCAAAGCUGAAGCACAUGUGGGUGAGAUGAGCGAUGGAGAAGACUGGUACGACGCCGAGGAAUGGAGUCUUGACCAGAGCCUCGUGAAGGGGCGCGACGAAGAGGAAGAUGAGACGGCUCUGCCAGGGAAAAAGAGUACAAGACAGAGACGAAAGCCUGAUAAGGAUGACCGAUACCUGAAUUCCAAACUGCGGUUGCUGACCUCACCGAGCCAUGUCUUCUGCACAAACUGCGCCGACGUUACUGGCCUUUCGAGAUCGUCAAAUGCACACAGAACGUGUCCAGCAUGCAAUGCUUCGCUCCAGAACAACGACGACGUAGUUGUCGCCGAUCUUAUGCCGUCUGAGGACUACAAGACGAGUGUAUUGAGCGGUCUCAGCCCUACAAUCAUCAUGGAGUGUGCAAGCAGAGGUCUAGCAUUUCACAGCUACCAAACAUCGCAGGAAAUCAUCUAUCAGGAACAUCUCGCGAAAGGAUUGUCCGAAAAGUACACCACACUCAGCCAGCAAAUGGACCAUCUCAUACACGAUGCGAACUCACAGAUUAAGUUGUUACAAGACAGAAUGCAGGCUAUGCAGGCUGAGCAAACAACCCUCGAGGCGAACAAUCACGAGCUCAGCGACGCCUUUCAAAAGAAGGCUAGAGCACAUCAACAAGCCCAGAAUCUCUACCAAACGUUGAAAGCGCAAGUCAUGGCAUCGCACGUUGCCAACGCCGCAGGCGACGAGGCCGAGAUGACCAUCCAAACUGCUCGUGGUGACCGCUUCAUCGAUCGGGUACCAGGCGCACGAACCGGUUCCGCGAACUUCAACCUGAUGGGUGUAGGCAAUCAGCAAAGCAGACGACAGCACAACCGAGCAGGAAGCGGAAGCUCUGGUAGCAGUGGCCAGCAGCGUGGUGGCGUCGGACUCGGUCCUAUGUACGCGUCUCAAUUGCAAGGGCGUGGGUUGGGUAGCAGAGCCCAUACCGGCCAAUCCGCCCCACUUGGCACACCGUCGCAAGGUCAAUCUCGUUCAAGCCGGCUACCAACUCUCGGCGGAACACGUCAGAACGCUUUCCGAAACCCGGACAUCGGUCCCCCAUACCAAGCUUCGCCGAUCACAAGACAGCCCCUUGGCGGCAAUGCUUCAAGGAACAUGGGCGCCUUUGCGCUCGGGGGCAAGACGUCGAGACGGAGUGGAGGCAUGGCUAACGCAGGGCCGUUGGGACGCUGA